AUGGCGGAAGAAGAGGGCGGGAUCGUGAAGGUCCAGCCCGACGCCGUGAAGAAAGGCGGGUACUGCUUCGUGCGCGGGAACCCGUGCAAGCUCGACGUGUGCGAGAUCCUCCCGAAGGCGACCGCGAACGGGAACAAGCGUCUGCACGUCAAGGGAAAGGAUGUCUUCACGCGAAAGACGUACGAAGACACCGUCAACCUGACCGCGGGGUUCCACGGCAUCGACGUCCCGGUGACGUCGAAGCGCGCGUUCUCGCUCAUGGACGUGGACGUCGAGACCGGGUUCCUGUCGCUGCUCACGGACGCCGGCGACUGCAAGGAGGACGUCGGUCUGAGCCGCGCGGGGGAGGACGCGACGAAUAAUGGCGCUCAUAACGCGUUCGACGAGAUCGGGGCGGAGGUCGUGAGACGAUUCGAAGCGGGCGACGCGUUGCGCGUGACCGUGCUGUCGUUACUGGGGAAGGACGUCGUCAUCGGCGUGGACGCGGAGGCGACGGGAUAG